GACAAAGGCACCUUUGGAACUUGUGUGAAUUGAUUUCUGGACUGCAGAAGAUUCGAACAACAAGUCUAUUGAUGUGUUAGUAGUGACUGAUCACUUUACUAAGCUGGCAUGUGCGUAUCCGUGUCCAAACCAGUCUGCUAAGACUGUGGCUCGUGUUCUCUGGAAUAAUUUCUUCUGCAUUUAUGGGUUCGCUGAUUGUAUCCAUUCUGACAGGGGUGCUAACUUUGAAAGUUCACUUAUUGCAGAAUUACUUCAGUUAUCUGGUGUUGGAAAGUCCCACACCACACCUUAUCAUCCCAUGGGGAACGGUCAAGCAGAACGUCUAAAUCACACGCUGGGUGGGAUGAUUAGAGCUCUGCCAGCUAGGUCCAAGGCUAAAUGGCCUCAGAUGUUGAACACAUUGACAUUCUCCUAUAACUCCACUGUUCACGAGACUACUGGGUUUCCGCCCUUCUUCUUGAUGUUUGGACGCACCCCUAGGUUGCCAGUAGAUGUUAUGUUUGAAAGUGUGCUGUUGGAUGGGGACACGGUCGAUGUGGAUAAAUAUGUCCAGUCUUUUGGUGAGGAUCUGAGAGAAGCCAUGACAUUGGCUCAGCAGCAUGCAAAUAAGCAACAAAAGAGACAAGCCGAGGUCUACAACAGACGGUCGAAGGGUCAUUCGGUAGAGAAGGGAGACAGAGUUCUACUUGCUAACAAGGGAGAGAGGGGCAAGAAGAAACUGGCUGAUCGCUGGGACAGUGCGGUGUACAUAGUUGUUAGGAAGAACAGCUCACUGAACACAUAUCGUAUACAGCACCCUACCACUGGACGCAUCAAGACGGUGCAUAGGAACCUGAUUAUGCCAGUCAACUUUCUGCCUUUGCCUUCUUGGGAGGAACCUGAGAGUCACGGAUCUCUAUCGAGUGGUGACGUGUUCUCUGAGAUGUCUGCAGCGUCCAGCAAAAUGGAUGGGAGUGACGCAAGGACUGUCCACUGGGUAGCAAGCCUUCCUGAGUCUUCUGGGAGGAUAUUCCAAGGGGAUGGUGAAGUCCCAGUUGAUGGAAGUGAAGUGGAACAGCCAUAUGACGUCCCCUUGAGUGAGGUGUGCUCAGUAGAAGUGGACCAGAGAGAGAUCCCCAAAGCCUACAAGAGUUCUGAUAGCGAAACUCCAUUCAGUGGGGAUGGUGCUGUGACAGAUGUCGUUAACUUGGUUGAAGAUGAUUUGUCAGUGUGGUCUGUGGCAAUCUACCAGGAUUCUGAUUCCGAGUUGUAG